AUGAGCGGGACAGUAGAAAAUCCCAUAGAAGAUCCAAGUCAAAGUCGGCAUCACCCGAAAGAAGGGAAAGGUGGGCGAUUUGCUAGCAAUCAUUUUUUACAAUUGUUCCACACUUCUUUGAGUUUCAGCAGAAAGUUUUCUCAUGGCGAUAGAAACGACGCCCGUUACCGUGAUUCGCAGAAGGAAAAGGAUCGAAGAGGUAAUGGUGACGAACGCCGAGAGGUUAAGAAGGAACCAGUAGAACCAGACCAGUCGCCAGGAAGAGGCACUUCUGGAAAGAGUUACGGGUUAGAGAAAAGACCUAAACGUGAGCCUGUGGAUGAAGGUGAUCAUCAUGCUAGAGGAUCUGAAGGAACAUCCUCGAAGUGAGC